AUGUGCCGGGAUUUCGCGCGCCAUACAUCCCCGCUUGUAGUAGUUGGGGAAGCAGAGCGAGACAAGGACUUUAUACAUGCUCGACUGGCCUUCCUUCUCUCAAGUUCCUUCUUGGCCAUCAGCGAGCCGUCGGUCCUCCCGUCCGUCGGUCCGUCGGCUGUCUGUAUCCUCACCUCAGGAGGAGUAGUAGAAGAAGGAGGAAAGGAAGAAGAAGAAGCACGGCAAGCUGCUGCUUCUUCUUCUUCUUCUUCCUUUCAAAGAACUCGGUAG